UUCCUUCCUUGGAAUAACUGAAGGAGGGAGCGAUGAUGAAAAAGUGGAGAGCAGUUAACAGAGAAGACUUGCAUCACAGCUGCAGAGGGAACAGCAGAGCUUCCUACAUGUGUGUGCAGUUUACUAACACUUUUUCUUAAAAAUCAAAUCAAAGACUGUAUCCCUAUCUUCGGCUUCACAACAGAUAUGUCUAUCAACACUAUUGUGGCACUCCUGUUGUUCCUGACAAUCUCUGAGGGUGUUCUGGGGGAUCAUGGAGUGAACCAGCGAUGUCGAUGCAUCAGCAAGGAGAAAAGGCCCAUCAGACGUUACAUAGGAAAGGUGGAGGUGCACCUUCCCAGCUCCCACUGCCAAGACAUUGAGAUAAUUGCCACUCUUAAAAAAGAUGGGCAAAAGAUUUGUUUGGACCCUGAUGCUCCUUGGGUCAAAAAUGUUCUUCAGAGGAAACAGGCUCAGAGACGAAAACCUUGAAGUACAAACCUUCACAGAAUUACCUCACAUGGAAAGGCCAUUUUAGAGUUCAAAGUGGAAGCAUUGAUUGCAUUGAUGGAGCGUAAAGAUCAUAUUUUUCUUGACGGGAAAGAUUAAGCUGUGAUGCUCAGUGGGUUUAUGGUGUGCCAACAAGAAAUAUAGCAAUAUGUUAAACUUUUCUAUAUAUAUAUUUUUUUGUAAUCAAUUAUAACACCUAAAUUUCAAAUGUAAAGCAAAAUAAAUAAUUGUAAAAGAUGAAAGAAAUGUUUGAAAAAAUAAAAAUGUUUUAAAAAGUAAAUGCACAAUAUACAUGGCACAAUAAAUUGGUAUAUUUGCAGGCUGUUGGAGAAAAUGAAAUACAAGUGGUGUGCCUAUGUACGAACUUGUGUUUUCAGCUUUGCUGUUGUUUUAAGUAUCUGCUUUUUUUGCAUGUUUUCUACAGGAAAGUUAUACACAAAACAGAAGAUAUACCUAUGUCUUCAAAAAACAUAUAUAUCAAUUCACAUCUAAAAUAUUAGAUAAUGAUUGUGAAUAAAUUGUGGCAUGAUGGCAAACUAGAAGUCUGUUAAUGUCUCUCUCAAUCCUUUACUCCUGAGAGUAUUUGAUAAUUUCUUUGUAAUUUCUCAUGAGUCAUGUCAUGUGGGAGAUGGAUGAAGCAACAAAAUUCAGGGUUUGAAUCCAUGAUUUUAUCAGUUGAUUUAUUGUGGCUUU